CUGUGUCGCGUGAUAAUAAAUAAUUUAUUGUGAUAUUUGAAAUUUUAUCCCCCCCUCCAAAAAAAAAAAAAAUCAGUGUACGAUCCUAGAAUAUUUAUUCAUAAUAAAAAACGGACUAUGAGUUGGAAAUAUUUUAUGCAUGAAGAAGAUGAGCCAACACCAACAGACAGAGUUUAUUUAGAAAAAUUAAUUGCAAUAAAAAAAAGUCUCACUAAACGAAAACUAAAGCAAUUGAAGAAAAAUGAUUCUUUAACUCGAUUUACACCGCGAGAAAAAAUAUAUCCUAAUAACUAAGAAAAGAAAAAGCAGAAAAGCAGAAAAAAAGGAUUUUUAAGCAGAAAAAGAAGAAAAAAACAAGAAGAGAGGAAAUUGACGAUUUAAGCGGAGAAAAAAAAAGAAAAACAUUAAAAAUGAGAAAAGCGAGUGCUUAGAGAGUGAAGUUUUUUUUUUAAACAUCUCCUUCACAAUGCGUGACAUGCAACGGAUCAAUCAGAACCGUUGCGAAACGCAAAUGCAUCAACGAAAAACACGAUAACGAACAAAUGGAAACUGACGGUAAUUUCAGCCCAUUUCAAAAGAUGGUCAUGGACAACUAUGAAAACGAAAGUUUUUACAACGAAACAAUUUUUAACGACAAUUCAACAAUAAAUGAAGACUAUAUUUUCGAUAGAAUUGAAGUGAAAAUAAUAUUCAUAACACUCUACUCAAUUGUUUUCUUCUGUUGCUUUUUUGGCAAUCUGAUGGUAAUAUUCGUGGUAACAUUCUCACGUCGAUUGCGAAGCAUAACAAACUUCUUCCUCGCAAAUUUGGCAGUUGCUGAUUUAUGCGUGGGAAUAUUCUGCGUCUAUCAAACAUUAACAAACUACAUAAUGAAUAGUUGGCAACUGGGCGAAUUUCUCUGCAAAGUUUACAUGUUUGUUCAAUCAUUGUCUUAUACAGCGAGUAUUUUGAUAUUGGUCGUUGUUUGCACCGAAAGAUAUUUGGCAAUAAUACAUCCAAUUAAAUGUCGAUCAAUGUUGACGCGGAGUCGUUUAAGGGUCGUUAUUGGAAUUGUGUGGUUAAUAGCGGCAAUCUACGCGAUACCGCGUUUCGUUUAUGUCGAGACAAUUAAUAAUCAUUUGGACACGGGCGACAUUGAUGUGAUUUGUAUAGUUAAUUUUAAGAGACACAAUAAGGCGGCAUUGGAUGCUGUUAAUUUAAUAUUUCUCUAUCUCUUUCCAUUAUUUCUCAUGUGCUGUUUAUACACGAGAAUUGCGGUUUCACUAUGGAAAAGUGGCGCGACACUCGGUGGGCCUGGAUUAGUUGCCAGAACGAGAAAUGGACGUGUUCAACAUAUUCAUACAUCGAGUAGAAAUGUCCUACGUGCUAGACGUGGGGUAAUAAGAAUGUUAAUAACAGUGGUGGUGAUGUUCGCCGUAUGUAAUUUACCACAACAAGCGAGAAUAGCGUGGCUUCAUUGGGAUCCAAAUUACAACAGAACAUCGGACUUUAGUACAGUUCUAACACUGUCGACAUUUCUCGUUUCCUACAUGAAUUCAUGUUUAAAUCCCGUAUUAUAUGCAUUUCUAUCGCGUAAUUUUCGUAAAGGAAUGCGAGAACUUUUAAUGUGCGCUAAUCGUGAUCAAAGUGGAAGAUUGGGUAUCGGUUGUACAAGUGGUGAUGUUGCACGUCAUGAAAGUGGACUCAAUACAAAUAUAGCUCACAGCUCGAUGGUGAGAUUAAGUUCUGUUCACGAUAGUCCUUGCUCAACACAAACUGUCACACGACAAGAAACUUUAGGAAUCUACCCCCUCGCAAUGAAGUUAAUCGAUGCCAACAAAGCCGGGCAGUACUUUGAGAAAAAUAGCAAUUCCCAUGUUUGAAUUACAAUUCAAGAAUCAAGAAAUGCAGGCGUAUAAUACAAGCAAAUGUAAAUAAAUUAUAGCGUGUACAACAUUUUUUUUCCACAGUAAUUCUCAUCUCGUGUUUAUGAUAAAUUACUUUUUUUUUCUCAUCGAUUUCGCACAUAAUUCCUCAUAUAAUAUAAAUGUAUAUGUUUAUUGUAAAUAUACAAAAAGAAUUGUUUAUAAAAAUUAUUGAACUGU